GGAGGGGAAAAGAGAAGAGAAGAGAGGAGAGGAGAGCAGGACCACCAUGACACUCCGGAGUCGAGUCAAGUUUGCCAAGUGCCAAAUGCUGGUCACCAGCUUCUUUGUCUUGCUGCUGGGCCUGGCCGUAGCGUCCGCCGCGGCUCUCGCACACUUCGGGGACCACUUUGCUGUCAUCAGCCGCGCGCCCUUGGAGAGGAACCCAUUUGAGGCCCUGGACCGCUGGGCCUUCGCGGUGGGGAUCGGCCUGGCGGGCCUGCUGAGUCUGGGGGCCGUCCUGAGUGCGGCAGCCACCGUGAGGGAGGCCCAGGGGCUCAUGGCCGGGGGGUUCCUGUGCUUCGCCCUGGUGUUCGUGGCCUUGGCCCAGGUGGCCUUCUGGAGGCUCCGCAACCCCGCGCAGGUGGAGGACGCGGUCCUGGACACCUACGACCUGGUGUAUGACCGGGCGGUGAGGAGCCCGCCCGGUGCCCAGUGCCGGCAGCUGGCCGCCAUCCAGGACGCGUUUCUGUGCUGUGGAAAGACGUCUCCCUUUGGGCUCCUGGGGAGCAGGGAGGCCAAGCUGUGUCAGGGCCCGGAGGCAGCAAGAGAGGACUGCCUGCGGAGCAUCAGGAACGUCCUGAGGGCCCACGGGGCCAUCGCCUCCACCCUGACCAGCGCCGGCCUGGUCCUCACGGUGUACGCCAUGCUGCUCAGCGCCUUCCUCUGGCUCGCGAUCCACAACGGCUGCGGCUUGGGUCACAAAGGCAGCUACGCCCUGAGCCCACGAACCAUGGCUUCCAGCGCCAGAGCCCAGCCUCUUCAGACGUUUCCAGGAUGGGCCUGCGUCCGGACACCCUUCUGAGCCGAGGCGUUUCUAUAGCUCCCGGGCCCUCUGGGACUCGUGGGCGGCCCUCCGUGGUUCCUGGGCCCUCUGGGACUCGUGGACAGCCCUCCGUGGCUCUGGGCUCUGCUGGGACUCCUGGGCGGCCCUCCGUGGCUCUGGGACUUGUGGGCGGCCCUCCGUGGCUCCAGGCCCCGCUGGGACUCAUGGGUGGCCCUCCAAUGGCUCCGGGCCCUCUGGGACUCGUGGACGGCCCUCCAUGGCUCCAGGGCCCGCUGGGAC